ACCAGAUCUCACCUGAAUGUUGUCACAUCGUUACGCUAUUAGCGUUCGAGGAAAUAUGAGGUGAGAAAGCCGCACUCCCAGGAGGAACCGGAUCCGACAGCAGCGGCUUAUUCGGACCCGAGCCUCCAGGAAGACUGACCUCCUGCCACCGGCUGUAAUCUGACAACGGGUCAAACGUCACUCCUGAAAGAUGUAUUUCUAGAACGACUUUUUACAACAACGGGCCAAUGAUUCGUAUUAGAACCUUUGGUAUGAUGGUUCUUGCCACUUCGUUCUUUAUCUUCUAUUUCACCAUUCAGCUGGAGAAGACCAAAGUGGUCAGUGCUGUAAGAAAUGUCACCAAGAUGGAGGAAUUCACAACGAUGCCCUCCCUUCUCCAGACUGUGAUGGUGUCUAACGAACUGAAAAAGAUCAUCCCUCAGGACGGAGCAUACUGGAACCGCCUGCUGUACUCGGCCCUGAAGAGUCUGGCAAACGGUGAAAAUCCCAUGAAGAGGAAGCUCAGCUGGCUGACCUGCAGGGAGGAGAAUAAAAAACUCCUGCAACUCAAUGUCCAUGACUUUAGUGUAUACCCAGCUGUGUUUCAGCGGUUUGUGCAGGGCAUGAACUGCAGGCUUCCUCCAGUCCUGAUUGAUCAGCCCGACAAGUGCCAGGGUAUAGGUGGAGACAACCAGACUUUGCUUUUUGCCAUCAAGUCGUCCCCCAGAAACUUUGAGAGGAGGCAGGCAGUCCGGGAGGCAUGGGGCCGAGAGACGGUGUACCGGUUCGGGAUGAGAGUGCGUUUGGUGUUCUUCCUGGGCAGCACGUCGUCGGACGAGCCUGACCUCAGCACCCUGCUGUCGUUUGAAGCCAGUCACUUUGGAGACCUACUGCAGUGGGACUUUGACGAGUCCCUGCUGAACCUGACUCUUAAAAUGAACACCUUCUUGCUCUGGACGGUGAAAAACUGCCCCUCUGUCUCUUUCGUUUUCAGUGGGGAUGACGAUGUGUUCGUCAACACACCAGGACUGAUCAACUACCUUCAGUCUCUAGAUGCCUCUAAAGCAUCCCAGCUGUAUGUUGGACAUAUCAUAAACUCUGCGAGUCCUCUCCGGGACAAGAGAAGCAAAUACUACAUUCCUCCAAGCUUCUACAAUGGCCCGUAUCCUGCUUAUGCCGGAGGUGGCGGAUUUCUCUUCUCCGGAUCCCUGCUGCACUCUUUGUAUUCAGUUGCUCAAGUGGUCCCCUUCUUUCCCAUUGACGACGUCUACAUGGGGAUGCUCAUGAAGGCUCUAGGAAUCUCCCCAGUGAGGCACGGAGGAUUCCAGACUUUUGAUGUCCGGCAGCAAGACCGUGAGAAUGUGUGUGUGCACAAAGGUAACCUUCUGAUUCAUCAGCGAUUACCACCACAGAUUCUAAAGAUGUGGAAAGGAAUCAACAAUCCACUUUUAACCUGUUAAACUGGAUGAGGUGGCAAACACUACCUGCAGAGACUAAAGCCAUUUCUGGUCCAUAUGGGUGAAUACUUGGAAACAUCAAAGUUUUGACUUGACGCCUGAGUUUAGAUUUGAAAUGUCUCCCAAAAAAGGUCAAAUAUUUAUUAAAUGUUCUGUUUAAAUAAACUGUUUCUGUGA